AAUGUUGUGCGACUCUGUUAGCGUCUUGACAACGGAUCUUUAAUCCUGACGGUUACAGCUAUGAAAAUAUUUACGCUAUUUGUAUGAGGACAGUAACGGCGUUAUGAUCCGAUGUACUGUUUUGUUUUUGCUCGAAUAAUCGGUGCCUUGCUAGGUAUUAAGGUCUGAAUAUCAGUGACUCACAAAAUGCCAUAAAGGGUAGUUAUACGUUAAGUUAGCCAUCCAUAACUGAAAGGUUUGACGCGAAAUGAAUCGAGCAAAAACUACCAAAGAAAGGGUUUGCUCUUCGAUAACACAAAAGAAGGUCUUAAAAGAAAACAAAAGGAUCAUCUUUGGAAGCAGGAGAAAGGCCAGAGAUGUAAGAGUGUUGGCAGAGAGGAACCCGGCUGUGGCUCCUGUGGGUGUUUGGGUGGAGAGCGGCGAUGAGAGUCAGGAGCAUCCCGCGGUCCGUGCUCUGCUCACAGAAGAGCUUCUGGAGGAGACCAGACGAGAGAAAGAGGAGAGUCUGCGCCGAUUUCGGGAUGCAGUUCGUGAACGUGUGUCGCAGCAGGCUCGUCUGGCCAAACAACGGCAGCUGCUGAAAUCAUACCAGACCGUUGAAUGCGACAGCAAAGUACUGCAACAAACCAGCAGAGCGGCCUAUCGUCUUACACCCCAAACCAAUUUAUUCCCUUCCUGGACACACGGGGAGCGAGCAGUCUGCAGUCCCGGCUCUCGCUGUGUCAGCGCUCUGGAGACGCAGGCUGUUUCUUCACAUCACCAUACGCAUAAUGUCAGUAAAGUCAGGAAGCAGGUGAGACACAGACUGGCUGCUCGUCAGACAGCGCAAGAGGGAGAUGAACUACCUGGAGGGAGAUGGAAAAGAUCCACAGCCAGAGAAAAAGCCGAAUCACACGCUUGGAAAGAUCAGAAGGAUUAUACUGAAAGUGCAAAUGAUGGAGGAGAGGAAAACGAGCAGGAAGUUGAAGCGGAAGACGAGAUGCUGUUGGGGCAGCAUGAUCAACCUCUUCAUCUGCAUCGCCGCAGAAGCAAGACUGUAACUUUUCAGGAUGAUAUGGUGUGUGAGCCAGAUCCCACAACCGACUACAGAGCUUCCCAAGUUCUCUGGCCUCAUGAGAAUCAGGAAGAGCUGAAGAGGCAGAGACAGUCUCAGUUCCUCAUGUAUCGACGCCACUUCAUGGACAUUGAGAGAGAGCAGGCGAAGGAACACCAAAGGCACAGGAAACAUCUGAAGAGAACUGCAAGGAUCAAGAAUGAAAAAGAACAACUUAGGAAAUCUGAGGAAAAGAAGAUGGAGAGGCAGCGACAGCAAGAGGAAGAAAGAAAAGACAUGGCUGAGAGGGAGUAUUUGAUUUUGGAGCGAUUGAGGCUUGAUGAGGAGGAGGAGGAGGCAGCGGAGAAGGUAGAGAGACGAGAGAAAACAAAGAGGAACAAAGAAAGCAAACGGUACAUUGAGGCCAUGCAGGCUCAAAUGAAAGAGAAGCUGGAGAAGGAUAAAGUAGAGCUGCCUCCUCUGUGCUGCUGUGGAGACACUUUCUGGGACAGUCAUCCAGAAACCUGCGCCAACAACUGCAUCUUCUACAACAAUCCGAAAGCGUAUGCUCAGGCUCUGCAGUCUGUUUUGCUAAGCUGUGAUCUGAAGGAAGGAGGCUUUGGACAGCAUUCAUCUACCAGAAGACAUCCUCUAUAGAUGUCCAUUUUCAAAGGAAGUGAUUGUAUCUUUAUAGUAAUUGUUGAACAUGUUUUAAGACUGGACAGCCUGAAGGGUUACGUUGCAUUAAUGCAAUGAUUUCAUGGUUCGAUAUUUUUUUUACUGUUCUCCUAGGUGGUUUAAAACACCUGACAUACCUCUUGUAAUUACAGCAUUUUUAUUGUCUUUAAUAAACCUUUUUGAAUUGAGAAAA